AUGGAUAGAAGUAGAGAGGCUGGAGAGCAGGGGGGAGUUGCUGGUGGAGGAAUGGGGACUCACCAACCAGCCAACCCUACGCUACCUACUUCUUCUACACCAUCUCCUACUACCGUGGAUCCUGUGAAAGCUUUCUCUAUUGAGAAAUUCAUGGGGGGGGGACUACGAGCACUGGAGCUUCCGCAUGAGGCUGAUGUACACCCAAUACAAGCUAUUGGCUCUGGUGGAGGGGAAGGAGAAAAUGCCGGAGGCCACGGAGCUGAAAUGAGCAUGGAUGAAGCGCUCGUUCGACGCGUACAUGCUCAUGCGAUCAACCUCAACUCCCAACAACCCCAAUGGAGCGUGGAUUACAUUCGCGCGCGCAUCCUAGAGGAGGACUUGCCGCGGCAGAGUGUGGAGCGCUCGGAGGAGGGGGCUGGCUAUGGAGUUGGAGGUGGAAAGAGUGGCUUCAAGAAGAAGUGGAAGGGCAAAAACAAGGACAACCCUAAGGAGGAUGGCGGCGGGGGUCAAUGGGAGGUGUGCUUCUACUGCAAGAAGCGCGGACAUCGUUGGCGGAAGUGCUACCAACGACCCAAGGAUUGGACCCUGCCUUCAUCGAGCAACCUGCAUGGUGGCAAGAGGAGUGGGGGAGUCAUGGGAGCUAGUGGAGAGGAGAAGGAGGAGGAGAAAGGCGGCAAAUCUGAGGAGCGGAAGGCUGGGUUCUUCUUCUUCGUGAACGAAGGCGCAACCGACCUCGCUAUGGCUGCCAAGCUGCACCUUGAUGAACUCCAUGGGUCAGAGCUGACCAGUGACCACAGUGGCGGUGGUGAGCAGCAAGUUUCUGGUCUUGCUGGAGAGGAGGGGUUGGAGGAUGAGUCGGCACGUGUGGACUCACCAACUCAGCCCGAGCCUGCUGCAAACGCCAAGGUCACCAAGAGGAGUGUGCAGAGAGGAGCUUCACCACAUGGGCAGCAGACUGCAACCCGCGAGAAGAGAGUGGCAGCAGCACCCUGA